UUGACCUGACCCAUUCAAACUAAGGAAAACUCGCGUUUCAAUGUCCUCUUCCCACCCUCUCCCCAUCUCCAACCCUAAGGCCCAGACCAAUGCCUUAACGGGCCCAUCCUUCCUCACGCGCCUCUCCGACUCUCUCCGCCGCUUGAGCUCCCGCCGCCGUCCCUGGCUCGAGCUAGUCGACCGCUCCGCCUUCUCACGCCCGACCGCACUCUCCGAUGCCACCACCCGCAUCCGCAAGAACAUCUCCUACUUCCGGGUGAAUUACCUCACGGUUUUCGGAUCCGUUCUCGCCUUCUCGCUCCUAUCGCACCCUUUCUCUCUUCUCACCCUACUAUCGCUCCUCGCCGCCUGGCUAUUUCUCUACCUCCUCCGCCCAUCCGACCAGCCGCUCGUGGCGCUGAACCGGACGUUCUCGAAGGGCGAAACCCUAAGCAUUCUCAUUGUAGUCUCGCUGUUCGUGAUCUUUCUCACGAAUGUUGGGUCGUUGCUGAUGUCAGCAAGCCUGAUAGGGGCGGGGAUUGUGUGCGUUCAUGGAGCAUUUAGAGAUCCGGAGGAUUUGUUCCUCGACGAUCACGAAUUGCCUGGUUCUGGAUUGUUCUCGUUGAUCAGUGGCGCUGCGUCCUCCGCUCCCGUCUCAGCCGCCGCGGCAAGCAUUGUUGUUUCCCACGUAUGAUUCCUUCCUUCCUGCAUCAUGAUGGAUGUAGGUAGAGACCCUUUUUUUCUUUUUCUUUUUUUGGAGGAAAGAAGCAAUUGGAAAUUCGCGCACGCCGGGAUGGCAUUAUGGGCGGUUGAGUUGUAUUCUUUAAUUAAUAUUCGUUGGCAUUAGUAAUUCUGUUGUUUCAGGAAACUCAGAGCACAAGUUUUAUAUGCAAAUACGCUCUUUUCUA